CAGCCCUCAGGCAGCCCUGUGUUCCCACCUGCUGUCCUUGGGUGCCACUCGUGGGGGACAGUGUGGACAGUAGAGCACGAUGUUCCUGGUGGGACUCUCGGGUGGGAUCGCAUCGGGGAAAAGCACGGUGGUGGCCGUGCUGCGGGAGCUGGGCUGUGCCGUGAUCGAUGCCGAUGUUAUUGCCAGGCAGGUGGUGCAGCCCCACUCCAAGGCCCAUCAGCAGAUCCUGCAGCACUUUGGCACCGAGAUCCUGCUGGAGAACGGCGAGAUAAAUCGUGAGGCUCUCGGAAACAUUAUCUUCUCCCAGCCUGAGAAACGGCGGCUGCUGAACUCCAUCACCCACCCUGAGAUCCUGAAGGAGAUGUUGAAGCAGAUCCUGAAGUACUUUGUACUUGGCUACCACUACGUGAUCCUUGACAUCCCUCUGCUCUUCGAGACCCGUGGAUUGACCAGGUUUAUGAAAUACACAGUGCUGGUUUACUGUGACCCCCCGACGCAGCUGGUGCGGUUGAUGAAGAGGAACGGAUUGGGCGUGGCCGAGGCCGAAGCUCGGAUCAGCUCCCAGCUGCCCCUGGACGAGAAGCGCAAGUGGGCGACAUACGUCAUCGACAACUGUGGGGACCGGGAAAGCACCCGCAGGCAGUCAGGGAAGGGGCCUGAAUUUCCCUGUUUGAAAAGGGCAGUGAAAGGCCACCUCUGUUAAUGAGCUUUGCCAGCUGAAUGCAGACAGCGGUUUGAGGCGUCUCCUUGCACACUUUCCAAGGUGAACACAGAGGUUUUUCCAGGCACAUUCUCCCUGCUCAGGUUCUCACCCACCAGCUGUGCCUGUGGGAUGAGGCCCUUGUCCCCAUGUGUGUCUCUAUUGUGGGUCUUCAGUGAGCUGAGGCACUUUAAUCUGGAACAAUCUCAC